AUGGAAAAAUCUAGACGUUCUAGUUCUUUAGAGACUAAAUGUGAACCAAAUAAAUGGUAUUCGUUUGCUCCUUGCCGAAUCUGCUAUUGCGUAAAUGAACAUAGGUUAAUAUGCAACAAUAAAAAUGAAGGCACGAAAGUGAAACUUGGUACGUAUGCAUUAAGUGAAUGUGAUGAUAACCUUAUGCAAGACAUGAAAGAACUAAAGAACGACAAUAAGCCUUUAAGAUAUGGGGAACAAAGUGAAAACAAUGGCCAUAAACAAAUUAAUAAAUCCAGCGUUGAAUCAGAUGAAAAUGAAUCAGAGACUAUUGAAGAAAAUAAUACGAAAUACAACCAAUUUACAGCCAACAAAGCUAAGAACAAACGUGUUAAAAAUUAUAAUGAUUUAUCUGAAUCUGAAAAGUCGAAGAUAAAAAAACAUGAAGUUAGAAAAGUAACCUUAACCGAUGCUGAUGGGCAGUCUAAGGAGGACGAGAAUCUAACAUCAGGGAUAUCGUCUGAUGCUAAAUGUUCUAUUGACAAAUCAUGUAAUGUAGACUCACAGACUGUCGACAUCACAACAGUUACCAAAAUGAACUGUAUGCCCAGCGUCAUGUACUUAUUUCCAUGUGUGCAAUGUCUUUGUUCUGAAAAUGGUGACUUCGUCGCCGAUAAAUGCUUAGAGAAAUGUCAAUUUCAAGCACAUCAGAGUCAGCUGUUCAGUGAUGAAUGCAAGGUGUGUGUAUGUCCAAGAAACGGCAAUAAAGCCGACAAGGGUAGUAGUCAUAGAGAACUCCAAAGACCUGGAAUCAGAGUUCGUAGAGAUAUCCACGAAGAUUGCUUUUCAUACAAUAUCUCGCACAGCGCUGAAAGAAAAGAAUGCACGCCUGGAUCAAUGUACAUCAUCAGUCUUGCUAUGUAUUCCUUAUUAAUUUUACUACUAUUCCACUUAACAGGAGUUCUAACAUACUCUCAUCAAAAACCGCUCGAAAACAAAUUAUGGAGUGAAAAAUGUAAAAAAAAUUCCGUUGUUUUAAACGAUUGCAAUUGGUGUUGGUGUGAUUCUAGACAACGGUAUCAAUGCAAAGCUCGCGUGUGUGACGAGAUCGAUAUGUUUGGACACUAUAAUGAUGCCAUUCGGGACAUAGAUGUAGGAAUGGAAGGACGUGGCGCUUGGCGUUCUAAAGCAACGUCCUGCUCACCAGGAGUGCAUUACCAACGCGGGAAAGUGCUGUGUGUUUGCGACGAAGACGGCAACUGGCCUAAUCCAGUCUGUAAAGCUCUCUUCCUUGUUCUAUACGUGGUUAACCUUACAGGAAAAACGAAUUUAACAGAUUGGGAACCAUGCACUCCCACCAAGCUUUACUUUGUCGGUUGCAAUGUCUGUUUCUGCCCAUAUACAGGCUUUUUGGAUCCGAAGUUAUGUACAAAAAGAGAAUGCGAUGAUUCACCGUAUCCGAUUCUAGAUGUAAAAGAAGGUCCGCCGUUGAUAUCGGACACCAAUGUAACUAAUAACAAUUUAGAAGUAUACGGACCAUGUAAUGCCGAAAUUCAAUACAAGCUCGGCUGUAUGAAGUGUUUAUGCGUCGGUAAUAACAAACUCGUAUGUGAUAACUGUGUGAACGAAAAAAGCCGUGACAUAACGUUUACAGAUCAACAACCGAUAGCUAGAAACAAUUAUGACAGCUACUGCAAUGGAAAGAAAACCGGUGAAAUAUUCAAGAUGAACUGCAACUACUGCCAUUGUGAUAGAAAACGUAAUCUAUUUUGCACCGCAAAGAAAUGCAUCGAACCGCGUGACGUAAAACUAAAAUCACAAUUCAAAAUUGGUGAGGGUGUUCAACUUAGGAAUGCGGUUGCACCCCCGGACGACCAGAGCUGCUUAUCUGGUACACAGUACAAAAGAGAUUGCAACACUUGUAAAUGUGUUAAGCUAAGGGGCGGCACUAAAGUUGUUGACUGUACAGUUGAAAAUUGCGGCCUGAGAAGUCCGAUGGAAAUCCAAAAACAGGAUUGCGUUGAGAGAUCAUACUACAAGGUUGAUUGCAAACUUUGUUAUUGUUAUAUGGAGGACGAUGUAAAGCAUCAAGUAUGUCAAAUGGAUGACCAAUGUGUCCAAAAUCUGGUGUUAAAUGAACGGACGAAAGAAACGAAAUUGAAAUCAGUCGAUACCCAAGACGGUUACUGCGAACCGUUGCAUGUGUAUCGGAAUAAUUGCAACAUGUGCCGCUGUUUAUCAGAUGGUAAAACGUAUAUGUGUACGUCUAAAGUUUGUGUCGAGCGUUCGAUCGAUAAUCUACCGGUAGAUAUAGUCCCGGUACAGAUGCCAUAUAACGCACCCUGUUCUGCGGGGCGUUCUUAUAAAUUGGAUUGUAAUGUGUGCUAUUGUCUAUCAAAUGGCAAUGCUGUUUGUACCACUAAUGAUUGUGCUAACGAAGAUGUUUAA